ACAGAAGCUGGAGGACGGGAAGCAGGAACUAAGACGGGGGAAGUAAGAAGUGUAUAAUGAGAGCACUGAUGUUACGCUCAUCGGUCCGGUGUUUGGUGACAGUUUUCGGCACAUUUUCCGCCUCUAGCCGCAAAGUUAUUGCACAAGCAGCAGCUGUUUCGCACCAGUAUUAUUUCAGAAAAACGAUGCACUAUCAAACGGAGCAGAGAGGACACCAGAACUCUCCCGACUACCGGCUUUAUUUUAAAACCUCAGAUGGAAAAUACAUUUCGCCAUUCCACGAUAUUCCACUAAUAGCAGAGACAGAACAGGAAAAUGAUGUACCUGCUAAAAAGUCCAAGAAGAGUGAGAGUGAGGUGCUCUACAACAUGGUGGUGGAGGUACCAAGAUGGUCAAAUGCUAAAAUGGAGAUUGCGAUAAAGGAACCGCUGAAUCCGAUCAAGCAGGAUGAAAAGAAAGGAAAGCUCCGAUAUGUUGCCAACAUAUUUCCCCAUAAAGGUUACAUUUGGAAUUAUGGGGCACUUCCACAGACGUGGGAAGACCCGGGCCAGAAAGACAAAGAAACUAAUUGCUGUGGUGACAAUGACCCCAUUGAUGUUUGUGACAUAGGCACCCAGGUGUGCUCUACUGGUCAGGUUAUCCAAGUAAAAGUGCUUGGCAUCUUGGCCAUGAUUGAUGAAGGAGAAAUGGACUGGAAGGUCAUAGCUAUCAAUGCUGAAGACCCUGAUGCCAAAAAUCUAAAUAGUAUAGAGGAUGUCCGCAAGAACCGACCCGGUCAUUUAGAGGCCACUGUUGAGUGGUUUAGGAAAUAUAAGGUGCCGGAUGGAAAGCCUGAAAACAAAUUUGGAUUCAAUGGGGAGUUCAAAGACAAGGACUUUGCAGUUGAGAUCAUUAAGUCCACCCACGAGCACUGGAGGGCACUAGUACAGAAGCAAAAAAAUACUGGAGGAAUUGACUGCAAAAACACGUUAUGUUGUGAUAGCCCUUUCAGAUGUACCACUGAUGAGGCCAGAGAAGUAGUUCAGUCGGCUCCUGCAUUUGGCAGCGCACAUCCUGUGUCUCCAGAGGUGGAAAAGUGGCAUUUUGUGUGACUCUCCCAAAACAGCAUGGAUACAGUCAAAACGUCUGAACACCUAAUGAGGGAUUCUUCUGCAUUCUUAUUUUGUAUGGAGCCAUUUUAAAGAGAGCCAUCGACACUCUGUUAUUUGUUGAAUAAAAGAAACACACCAAGUGAAGAAUUGUGCUGAAGUACCAGACUUGAAGUCGGGUCUGAUUUAUGGUGCCACAAUUGACACGUGUUUGAAUUUUUUGCUAGUAUGCCAAUUAUCAUUUGUCAUGGGGGAAAAAUGACUCCUUUUUUAUGAUUGUGAAUCAUGCUGUAUUUGUAUUCCAGGACUGUUGUGGCCAUGUCUAGUUUAUAUUUAUAUAGUCCUCUAAUUUCCUGUACAAAUGUAAUUGUUGCAGAUACAGAACCACACACUUUAUAUGUAAGAAGUAAACGUUUGGAUAAAUUAAAAGGAAAAUCUUAAACAUUAUGUGUGUUUUAUAAGUUCACAUCGUAAAUUUCAACUUGUGGAUAAAACACAGAAUUUAGAUAUUGGGAUUAACUUGGAAGUAACAAAUAAAAGUGCUUUAAAUAAAUAUAAAUUUUAUUUAAAAAAACACCCACAUAUCAGCAACAUCAGGAAUGAUAUAAUAAACAGCUUUCAAAUAAACUGCAUUCAGUACAUUACAAUACUUACAGUAUUAAUACCCAUCCUCAAUUUGAUUUUCUUUUUUCUUUUGUAGCAUACCAAACUUCAAGAGAACUAGGGAAGCUUUAAAAAAGUAAAAUUACAGGCAAAAAGUUGCACCUUUUUUUUUUUUUUAUACCUUUUAGUGUCUAACUGCAAAAAGACCAAGUGUGUAUGAACUGCUGGCUUAACCUUUGAGAUGAGCAUACUAGCUAAGCCCAGAAAAUCAUUCAAGUAAUGUUGACUCACUCAGAAUCACUCUGAAGCAUCUUCAAGUAUGGCUAUGCUUUUUAACCCGCUAUUUCUUACUACACCUUGGCUCUCUCAACAACGACCUGCUACUGUAGCUGGGUACUGUACAAUGAAAUUUAACAUUUUUAUAUGAUUAUUUUUACAGAACAGAUUAAAAAAAAACUAGAACUACUGACUGAACUAUGGUGAUACUAUAACUGUAACCAUUGCAGCGACAGUGAGUGUAAUAUUUACAAAAAACUUUCUGGAUUAUCUAACCAAAAUCAUUUUAACUUGGGAAAGGGUCUCAAAGGACGAGCUAUGGUAGAAUUGACAAACAAAAAGAACCAACAUGAACAUUGAAGAAUGAGUUAUACUCCUGAAAUACAAAUUCUUGGUAUGUACAUUGUGACAUAAUUUAUUUAUUUUUAACACAUAAACAAUCUGUUUAAAUAAAAUGUUUUGAAAUUCUGCAUUACAUUUUUUUUUUCCUGAAAAAGAAAUGAAGUGCUUUAAGAAAAUGAAUAUUGAAAAGUGGGGUGAGUUGUUGCUUUAGCAUGACUGUCAUUAAUUUAAUUACAUUAAUUAAAUCAAAUAGAUUGGGAAGAAGUCAUUGUACAGUUGCUUAGUGGUUAUAAAUAAAUGUAUACACAGGCACAAAGAUGUGCAACUAUUUUAAUCACUGCUCUGGUCUUGCUUCGUAACAUAAGCAAAAAAUUGCUUUUUGUUUUUUUAAAGUCAAUAUCGUUCCCUUUAGUCAGCUCAGUGCAUAUAUGUUCAGAUUACUACUACCUCCAUUCUCCUUGCUAAAAUAUACGUACAAAACUGCAGGAAAGUAUAUUUUUCCACACAAAAUAAUUUUGUGUGAAAUAUAACAAACAAGAACCAUAUUGGGAUUCAGGAUGCAAUGGCAAGUCCCUGAAUAUGAAAAAAACAACAUUAAUACAGGCAAUGCAGAUGUACACAAAAUUAUUUGAAAAUGUCCCUGAUUUUUGCAGUAAUAUUAAAGAUUCAAGUUCAAGUAAUACUUUCUUGCAGAUUCAUAAGAAAGUAAGAAAUGAACUUUUAUGCCUUUUGGUGGCCUGAAUUUUAAGUGUGAUCAACAUUUUGAAAAUAAUAAACGAAUAAAGAAAGAAAAAGAUGUUAUAAUCCUAUUGCCAAAUGUUUGAGGUAUAUGACAAGUUUGUACUGUACACUAUUUAAAAGCCUUCUCACCUCCCAAAGAGUCUCACAUUUUAUGUUUCUAGUAGGUUGAGUAGCACCUUAUGAAUAGAUUCAUUUGAAACCCAAAGAAAUACAGUGAAACAGGCUGUUAGCAUUCUUUGCAACAAAAAAUCUCUAACAGGAAUUCCAAAAGGAAUAUUAAUUUACUGUACAAAUCUCACCUGUUUAUCUUACAGUUAGAUUACAAUAAGUAAAGACCACACAGCAAGCCAGCUGCCCUCUGAAACUGACACUGAGCUUACCCUGUAUCAUGUUUCUCAGUGUUUAAAAAGCACAUUUACUAAGCACCACAGAAAAAUCUACAUGUAAUAUUCACAAUCACCAGGUGUGUUCAAUUAACCUGUUGUAAGGAACGUUUAAAAAAAAUCAUUGAUAAACAAAGGAACCCUGGAAAAAGAACCAGAACAACCGAGAUCUUUCUCUCUCUUUUUUUUUUUUU